UCCCUUGCGGACGCGCCCCGGCCGUGGGAAGCGCGGCUGCGGCCCGGAGAGUCUUCGCGCUCACACUGCUGAGCCCGCCGGUUGGAGGCCUUGCCCGCCCAGGGUUCCAGAAGGUUCAAGUUCCUCCAGGAGAUGAUGCUCCUCUGGGCCUUUCUCCUUGUCAUCUGGUUGCCUCAGGUCACCCUGGCUAAAGCUUGGACCUAUAAUCUGAAAUGCUACGAUUGUUGGACCAUCAACAGCUUCUUUUGUACAAGUAUGACAUUGUGUCCAACAGACCUCAGGCGCUGUAUGACCAUCUCUGUUCGUUUGAACAGUCGGGAGCUACUUGUUUACAAGAACUGUACGAGCAACUGCACGUUUGUGUAUCCAAGCGAAGUGCCUGCUGAAGCACCAAGAUCACAGUUUUUUAAAACUAAUAGUUCCUAUUUUGUUCGUUGUUGUGGUAGUAUUAAUUGCAAUGAAGGAGGUCCUAUUUCUCUUGAAAAGGAUAUUGAUGUUUGCAAGACGUGUGACGCCACUCUCGAUCCAAGGUCCUUGGAGGCGGAGGAGGCACCAAGGCCUCGAGAGGAGGGCCCGGCGGCGGGCGUUCCGCUGGCAUCUCUGCCAGGGACGAGCUGCGAGGCCGUGCGGCUGCACGAAUUCUCUGAGCCUCAGCUUUGCCGCGGGCGACACGGGGACAGUCCCGGUGCUCACCUGCCAGGGCUGCCAUGA